UUGGUUUUUUUUUGCUUCAGGAUUAGGCCAGUGUACACUGCGUUGUAUAAAAAGGCCUGUCCCUGGCCAUUUCAAACUGCAUCCCUGAAUCGACUUGCCUCCAACAACCAUCACCAUGGGAAAGAUCGUGUUCUACGAGAAAAACAACUUCCAGGGCCGGAAGUAUGAGAGCACGGCGGAUUGCACCGACCUGGAGGACAUGGUGCAGGGCCCUGUGAGCUCUUUGCGCGUCGAGAGCGGCUCCUGGGUGCUGUACGAGAGGAAGGACUUCACGGGCAACAUGCACGUGCUGUCGCCCGGCGAGUUCGCCGACCCGACCCAGUGGCAAGUGCAGGGCGAGCAGUACAUCCUGUCCUGCCGCAUCCUCCGCCAGGCGAGCGGCGGCCACCGCAUCCGCCUGUACGAGAAGGCGGAGUUCGCCGGCGACUGCCUGGAGCUGAGCGAGGACUGCCCGGUGCUGGAGGGGCGCUGGGGCCGCAAAGACGUGCAAUCGGUGCGCGUGGUGUCCGGCGGGGCCUGGGUGGCGUACGAAGAGCCCGAGUACCGCGGCCGCCAGUACUGCAUGGAGCACGGGGAGUACCGCAAGCACCAGGCGUGGGGCGCGGCUGGGCCACGCGUGCAGUCGCUGCGUCGGUUCACAGAGUACUGAGCGAGGACCUCCCCCCCCCCACGGCCACGCCCUCCUGGUCCCAGCAGCGGUGCGCGCGCACUGCGUGGAGGCGGUUGGAACGUGGGCACCAAAACCCAAACCCAAAUAGUCCAUGGGACCAAACGAGAUGCAAUCUCUUUGUCUGGGUAACAACUGAGGUGGCCGUAUGUAACUUUUGCGGCCACAAUUUACGUGUGGCCAAUAACGGUGAAAUAUAAAUGAAAAAAAAAACGAUUUGAAAUGAGCGGGUUAUGAAAUACUUCACCUCUUUUUCACCAUUCAAAAUGUGCGCUACAUGAGAUGGUACCAAUUUCUGUUCUGGCUCAUGGACUAAAGCCACGGUCUAUACACUCAAGUCAUCAUCAUAAUCAUUAGGAGCCUCGAGUUAUGCGCUGCUGGAUGAAGGCCUCCUCCCCCACCCCCCUACAAGUCGUCGCCAUCCUUGGGGGGUAUUGUGUUGCAGCAAUCGAUCCAUCUUUCCCCUGCACCGCGAGCCAAUCUCAAGGUUCAUUUUCUGCGGUGGAUGUCCUCUACGGCGUAUUUCACACACAGGUAUAUAUGUUUAUACUAUAGGCCUGUAAAGACCCAUCGAUUAUUAAUCGGAUUAAAUAAAUGGUUAUGCUCAUCGGGAUCGUGCGCAUAAGAAUUUUUUCAUCAUACGCUGAUGUUUCGUUUGGGUUAAACGGUCCUAAACUUUACAAACCAGAUGAAAAACAGUCUAUUGUUAACUCAAAUCCUGACCUCCAAUCAUUACAAUUCAUCCAUUUAGUCGUUACAUGCUUAAUAAUACGGUAUGUUGAACUUCUUUCACACCGUACGUAGGUGUGGGAUGACUGUACUAUCUGACUGGCCCCGUGGUGAUGUACUCCAUCUAAAAUAGCCACUGAAGCAACUUUUGGUUUACAUAUUCUUGGUUCUUUUGGUAAAGUCACGUAGAAGGGAAACAAUACGUGAUUUUACCGAAAGAACCAAGAAUAUGAAUCCCUGUAGUCACGAAAGCUUUAAAUCAAAAUUUUGGUUUACAGUUAUUAUCCAGCGACUAUAGAUAACGUAAUUAAAAAAAAACUAAUGUAAUGUUCCUUUCUGAAGGAAGCAAGCUACAUUUUAACGUAUUCUUAGUUCUUUCGGUAAAGUUACGUAGAAGGGAAACAAUAAAAUAAUACAAAUAUAAAACAAUAAAAUUCUCACGACGUUUCGACUGCAACACAAGCAAUCAUCAUCAGGUGUGAAAACCACAGCUUUAACGACGCACUAUUUAUUUGCUGGGCAAGUGAUUUUACAAUGCAAUAUUACACCUGAAAACGUUGUAAAAAAAUAAGCAUCAUUUGCGUUGCUUAAUAUUCUGCAAUAAAGCCAAAUGCAAUACAA